UCAGCAUAAAACAAGUUGAUAAUGCUAACAGGAAAAUUGGAAAUAUCCUAUUAUGAGUACAGGUUAUUGCCGUGACUCGCACGGCUUACAUAAGGUUACAUUAAAAUCGAUUACCAUUAUGAAUUAUUAGUGGAUUGAUAAUUAUAUGUGUUUGUUUGUGUGCAAAUUGUAAUUUACAUACUAGGCCAGUUUCUUAAUAAUCAUAUCCUUAGAAUAUGUACCUAGUUUAAAUAAUGGCAGUUUUACCACAGUGUAUGGUGUCUGUUUGGAGUUUUGUACUAUUUAUAUUAUGUAGUAUGGUUCAUGUAGUGUGGCCACAAGAACUUGUAUGCCCUGUUGGAAUUUCUACAGAUCUAUGUCAACAUAAAUCCACAUCUAUUGAUGAAUACUUCUUCACUAUUAAAGGAAACGACGUGAAAAUAUUGUAUGCAGCAAGAUAUUUCCAGUUCAACUGUCCUGCAAACGUAUCUUUAGAGAGUGACUUCCUUCCUCGGCUUGAACAAAUUAGCUCCGUGCCCCGCGUCACAUUCACCUCUUGCGUGCUACCCGUCUGGAGCUACGAAAGCGUCCUCCGCUCCUUCAAUAUCACGAAUGUCGUGACCCUCCAUCUGGAGAAACUACCGACGCAUGCGGCGCUCACCCCACCCCUUUUCUUAGGUUUAAAUAUAACCGCAUUGUCGGUAUCGGGGGUAGCGUUGUUGCAAUCAGAAGUUGGUUUUUUGGAAUCACUCGGGUCACUACUCGACUUACGUCUGUCGAAUGUUGACUUAUCUGGUACUGCAUUACACCGUUUGCCACACAACAUCAGAUGGCUGAGUCUCACCAAGUGCUACCUUGGUGAAGUAGUUGAGCUGCUACAGGCGCAGCGCGUGGAGCGACUUGUGCUGCGUGAUGGCGGUGUACGGCGGGUGGAUCUACGCGAGGCAGUAGCAGUGCGAGAUGUGGUCCUGGUGGCACCACUACUGCAGCUCCACCUGCCGCCCGCCGUGGAGAACGCCACGCUGGCAGGUGUGCGCUGCGGUCCGGGCGCUGCCCCCUGCCGCCUGCGCCGCCUGUUGCUGCAGAACGUCACCACACGAGAGGUGACCUCCUGGGUGCAACGCUGUGAUGGCCUCGAGAGCCUGCAGGUGGAUCGCUCCACGCUAGGGGAGCUGCCAGCCACGUCAGGUGCCCUCCGCGCGUUACGGGAGCUGAUCGUUCGCCGCAGUGGCCUGAGACGAGUCGCUCCCGACUCGCUCGCCUCCGCAGAACAACUCCGAAGACUCGAUUUAUCUUUUAACAAACUUGUUAGCUUACCCAAGGACAUGUUCGCGCGUUCGUCGCGGCUGCUUGCGCUGGACAUAUCGCACAACGCCCUGUCUGCGGCUUCCCUGGCGGCGCUAGCUCCGCUGUCCACGCUGCAGUCUCUAGACGUGUCAUACAACCCGCUGGGCGAUUUGUGCCCCGCGCGCAAUCUCUCUGGCCCUGAGCCGUCGUUCUACGUGCCCAACGUGAUGUCAGCGCUGUGGCAAUGCCGAUCGCUGAAGACGCUGCGGUUGGAACGAGUGCGGGCGACGCGACUGUGUGCUGACUGGCGCCGGUUGCUCACGGCGCUCACCGAUCUUGACUUACGGCACAACCAACUGUCUCUUAUAGAGUAUGAGGACCUACUGUGGGAGCGCGCGUCUGUCACCCACGUGGACCUGCGCGGCAAUCCAGUACGCUCGAUACGCUACCGACGCCCCGACUACGAGCGUUAUGCCAACGUGACGCCAGGGACACCUGUGGUCCCGAUGACUACGCUAGUGAUAGACUCGUUGUUGGAGUGCGAUUGUGGCGUGUACUGGUUCGCGUGCACGCUACAAGAUGGCGGCGCGCGGGGUGCAGCCGCAGUGGAGGGAGCACGGUGCGGGGAGGGCGGUGUGUCGCUGGCGGAUGUGCCACUAGAGGCGCUUGUGUGUGAGGUGGGAGCUCCUGCGUGCCCGACGGUGUGCCGCUGUGCCGUGAGCGGGGCAGGUGCCUCGCUCGGAUGCGGCAACGCGAGCCUUGCUGCACCGCCCGCGCGCCGCGACAUGUCCACUCUGGGCCCCGUGCGCUCACUGUCACUACAACACAACCGCAUCGAACGCAUUCGUGCUGACGAUAUCCCGCCCGAAGUCACCAUGCUAGAUCUCUCGUACAACCGACUACAGCACGUGGAGUCUACCCUUUGGGGAUCGGGGGCUCGCUCGGUACUGCUCGCUGGCAACCCGCUCCAGUGCUCGUGCGAGCUCGUUGACGAGCUGCUGCAGCACCGCGAGGUUUUGCUUGACUGGGAGGAGGUGCGCUGCGCCGACGGCACCCGUCCGUUGCGCUGUCUCCUCCACCCUGGUCCCCCCCUUAUGCCCACGAUUGCCGGAGCGGUACUUGUGUUAGGUGUGCUGGCUGCGAUUCUGGUACUAUACUACGGGAGACCCGGCUUCGCUUAUAGAAUCAAGAUGUGCCUCGUAGAUCGCGGGGUAUGUGGAUGGCGGCGGGGCGGAGUGGAAAUUGCUGCAGACGCGGAGGUAACAUACGACGCGUUCGUUUCCUUCUCGCACCACGACCACGAAUACGCAAGUGCGCUGGCGGCAGCUCUAGAGGCGCCUCCCCACCGGCUGCGAUUGUGCAUGCAUCACCGUGACUGGCUGCCUGGCGAACUCAUCACCAACCAGAUCGUGCGCUCCAUCAGGCGGUCGCGGCGGACGGUGGUACUACUGUCGGACUGGUUUGCGGCAUCCUCCUGGGCGCGUGCCGAGUUCCGUUCGGCCUUCACACACGCGUUGAGCUCGCCUUCCGCACGGCCUCUCGUGGUGCUGUUGCCUUCACUGUCACUGGAUCGCGAGCGGCUUGUACAAAACUUGGACCCUGAGCUGGCACUCUUUGUGGCCAAAAACACCUACCUCGAGUGGAGCGACCCUGCCUUCUGGGACAAGCUUCCGCGCGCACUGCGACCCUCCUAGUGACGAUCCACAGGGCUCUAAGCCCUCAUUCGUGCCACCUAAUACUUGAUGAAAGGAUUGUUAAUUCCGUGGUCGGAGAAAACGGAGGUCAUCAAUAAAUACUUCUUACCAGUUUGAGGCUCUUUUGCACAGGAUGCUGGCUAGAUUAUGGGUACCACAACGGCGCCUUUUUCAGCAGUUAAUCAUUUAAGCAAAAAGCAUUUACUCAGUUUGGGUUCAAUUCGGACAGUGACAGUUGACACACGACUAAGGAAAAAGUGUGUUUACAUUGUCUAUCACACUGCGAAUGAUAUGUCCUUACUUAUAUGUCUAUAGAAUGUUAUGUUAUGUUAGUAUGUUAUUAUUUUACUUGUAAAUUUUUAAUUAUGUACUACGUUUAAAAAAACUCAUUUUUUGUCACAGAUUGACUACGGCAUUCCUCGUUUGAUCUCAUGAUGCCGUAAGUAAUCUGACGCGAACGCUGCAGCAUAUAUUCUGUGGUAUUAUCUUGCAUAGAAAGUAAAUCUGCGAGCAAGUGUUCUAUAUGAGACAACUAUAAGAUCUGUGCGCUCGUCCAAACUAAUAGUCUUAACACAUGAUCGGAUUUGGUACUUACAUUGAAAUAUGAAAAUUACUUACAAUACAUAUACACAACUUAAAACGAACAUCCAAUUAUAGGUAAACACGGCAUAAUUAAGUUACCUUAGUUGUAAGCAGAGGUGGAGAAGAAUAUGUUAUGGAUAAAAUAAUAUGCAUAUUUAAUGUUAUCUACUUCGCUUUUGCUUAAGGUUUUACAAGAAAAAGGAAUAUUUAUAAAUAUACAUUAAAAUUUACACAUACAACAAGUAUUUGCUGGACGGGGAAAUUUCGGUGGAAGAACGUCAUAAAGGGGAUGAAGAAGUUUAGGACAGGAAAAUACAGAUAUGAGAUACAGUACCGUCGUCCAAGCCGCAUUCACAUAAGGAGUGAUCUCUAACUCUGAUCUUGUGCAGGUGGACAGGUGUGCUGGAAUGACCAAGACGUAAACGACAUAUUAUGGAGGUAAUCCACCUGUCUGCAUAUCUAUGAGAAAAAAACCAUGGUCGCCUUGGUAUAUCUGGUUGGACUGAGGCAUAGAAUUUACCUUUAGCCAAUUUUGAUUCAUUCCAGUAUGUAUUCCAAGACUUGUCGAGAUAAGUUUUAGAAAGUGCACUCAGAUCUUGGGAACUAUUUUUAAAAUGUUCAUAAGAACCCGUUUGUAUGCAGAUUUAGCACAAGAGUCUGCUGUUUCAUUGCCUGCAAUGCCAGAAUGACCUGGAAUCCAGACAAGUGAUUUAAAUAUUAGUUAUCCAUCUCAUAUUCUAAACAUGCUCUUUUAAACUUGAUUAAACAUAAUACUUUAUGUCGAUCAACAUCUGUCGUUAAUGUAUGCGGUAAAAGACUGUGGAAUAUAUUCGAUGGUAUUUCGCAUUUUCCAUCGCACAAAAUUAUUAUUAUUACCGUCCGGACCGUACCGAGUACGACAGCGGACCAACGAGGCGCCCACUGGACCGUCCGAUGGCCUGGCCGUAGCAAAUACGAACAUUUGUUUAAGCUAUAACACCGCCCCAAACCAUCACACAGCCACAUCCACAUUUGUUAUAUUCCUGGAUUGGUGCAGCACUGUAUCACUUGACUCAAGCCUAUAAACAUAGAGACGACCUUCGUGACGUAGGUAUAGGGCGGAAUCAUGAUUUUUCAGUAAAAAGCCUUGAAUGUUGAAGUUGAAAAUUAGCAUUGAUUUACCUAGAAUCCGUCGCUUCAAUGAAUUAUAAUACUCAAGAGUCUAUUAAUACCUAAAAUACUAGAAAAAACACUUAAAAUACGUAGUGUUUCCUUUAAUAAAAAGUUAAGAAAAUUCAAUGGCGUCAUUUUGUUUUUAGGUAUUUUAAGACUCUAACUUACUUUAUUGAGGUUAUUAUUACUUUUAGGUAACUUUAUUGAGAACCACGUAGAAAAACACCGAUGCUCUUUUGUUUUUUUUUUCUAAUUCAUUCGACUUUAUUUUAUUUUAUAUAAAAAAAAGGAAGCCCGCUGAGUUUGUUGCGCCCGUUCUUCUAAGGUCUGAGGCAUACCUUUUGGAAUGGGUGGUUUUUGACUUUCAAUAAGUGAUAUCAUAUCCUAUUUUUAAUGAAAAUAUUUGAAUUUGAUCAGCGUUGAUUGCGCUAGUAAUCAGCAUUAUGCUGAAGUUUUACCGAUUUGUGACAAACACUUCACGUGCUGAUUUGUUAAUGAUUGUACUGUGUUAUGAUGUAAAUAUUAUGUUUAAUGAAAAUAAAUAUAUUUCUAUUCUUUGG